CUCGAAAGCCACAUGACACCGCUCAGUAUGUCACAAUAGCCUUUGGUGCAUGCGUUAGGGCUAUUGCAGUUGGCCUUGCGCCUGCUUUGCUCCAACUAAGCCCUCGUGGUGGAGGAACUGAUCAAAUUAAGGAAAAAUCUGCAUCUACUUCAUCGCGUGUGACUCAAAUGGCGACGAAUGGUCCUGUACCGAACCGGGCGGAUGUGGCCACGCAGCUACAAAGUGCGUUGGAGCGCUUUUCACACGAGCCAACGCGCUAUGCGCUGCGCCCGUCCGUAAAAGCAGCGCUGGAGGCAAUGGCUGCAGCGGCCGCAGACGACGCGGCAGCAGCGGCUGCAGCCGAGUCGUACAAUGACAAGGUCGCGUUCAAGUGAGACGUCGAGAGUCAUGGAAAUGUUUUCUAGGUGCUUUUAUGCCCUGUAGCUUCCAGGGCUGCAGCUUUGUCGUGGUGCGACUAUGGGGCUCACCGUGCU